AUGGCUCCGUACAUUGCGGAGUCCGAUACCGAAAUGGCCAACGCCGCCGAGUCCGUCAACGUCGCGGCCGCCAACGGUGGUCUGCCAUUGGGGACAGACACAGACGGAACGUGCGACGUUUGUAUUGUCGGAGCCGGACCUUCGGGUCUCAUGUUGGCAACAGUCUUGACUCGCUUUGGAGUACACACAGAAAUUCUGGACGAGAGGCCAGAUCAGACCGCGGUCGGACGCGCCGAUGGCAUCCAGCCCAAGACUAUUGAGACGUUUCGCAUGCUAGGGGUCGCAGACGAACUGAUGCGCCUGGGCAUCAAAAUUUACGACAUUUGCAUCUGGAGAGACGGCAAGCGCGUAGGCAGAGAAGUUCAUUAUCCCGACUCCAUCGUCGACCUCCUGGAACCAUACAUCUUGAUUGGCCAUCAGGGCAUGAUUGAAAAGGCAUUCCUAGACGACUUGCACCAAAGGGGUGUCGAGGUAAAGAGAUCUCAUCGUUUCUCGAGCUGCCAAGUAUCGGAAAGCCAAGGCCCCUAUCCGGUCGAGGUACACUCGCAGUUCAAUGUUACCCAGGAGGAGAAGAUCUUGCGGGCCAACUACGUCGUCGGAUGCGAUGGCGCUCACUCGGCGGUGCGCAACAUGAUUUUCGACUCGCCCAGGACAGCCGGAUCAAGUAUCUGGGGUGUCUUGGAUGGCGAGCUUGACACAAAUUUCCCCGACAUCUGGAGCAAGUCUGUCAUCUUUUCUGAAGAGCACGGCUCAAUCUUGAUCAUCCCCCGAGAGCGCAACAUGACCAGAUUCUAUAUAGAGAUGAAGGAGACGGCAUCGUCCAAAGACCUGGGCCAAGAAUAUGUCAUGCAACGUGCAAGAGAAAUCCUCAGUCCGUAUCGGGUCGAGUGGCGGUCCGUCGAGUGGUUUGGCAAAUACCAAGUUGCCCAAAAAGUGGCCUCCAAGUUCAUGGACCCCACCCAACGCAUCUUCAUCGGUGGCGAUGCCAGUCAUUCUCACUCUCCAAAAGCUGCUCAAGGCAUGAACACGUCUGUCCACGAUACUUGGAACCUGGGUUGGAAGUUGAAUUUGGCAGUACGUGGCUUGGCUAAACCAGUACUUUUGCAAACCUACGAAGAAGAGCGGAAGAAGAUUGGCCAAGAUCUGAUCGACUUUGACUAUGAGCAUGCAAACCAAAUCGCCGGAGGAGAUGCUGCAGCCCUGGCCGAGAACUUUAAAACCAACAUUCGAUUCAUUUGCGGUGUGGGCGCCGAGUACGGUUUCAAUGUGCUAAACAACAUGGCCGAGGAAGCCAUCCGUGGAACCGCCAGGCCUGGGUGCACCCUCACGCCGACAAAAGCAACACGUUACUAUGACGCCAACCCAGUCGACGUACAUCUUGAUAUCCCGAUCCUUGGACAAUUUCGAGUCUACACUUUUGUAAAGGAUCUGACCUCGGUUGGCGAACGAUCUUUCUUGGACUCAUUUAGCAAAGCUUUGCUCGAUCCUGCAUCUUUUGUUUCUCGGGUUGGCGCUGCGGCAGCAGAGUCCUAUCAGAAGACGUCCAGGAAGUCUUCCAAGGAAGAAGUGUACACGCGACCAGAAAGGUAUACUUCAGUCAGCGAACUGAUCACUUAUGCGAUGAUUACAUCAACGGACAAAUCUCUAUUUGAAAUAGCCGAAUUACCAACAGUCUUCUCACAGAGUCCAUGGACUGUCUACCUUGACGAUGUACCGCAUCUAGAUACGAAGGGUCAGACCUGCACACAGAAGUGGCUUGGAGAGCUUGCCACAGGCGAUAUCGGGUUGAUGGUGGUGCGGCCGGAUGGUUAUGUCGGCACGAUCCACACAUUCCGUGCCGAGGGCGAUGGAAAACAAGCGGCACAAGUGCUGGAUGGCUAUUUCAGUGGUUUCCUGCAGCUUCCACAUGCAUAG